GAUUGCCCUAAGAACUGUCUUGACUAUUAUCAAAAUGGUUCCAAAACUGACGGUGUGUACUGGGUUCACCCUGAUGAAGAAGAACCCUUUCAAGUGCUGUGUGACAUGACAACUGAUGGCGGAGGAUGGACCACCUUUCAAAGGCGCAUGGAUGGCUCCGUGGACUUUUAUGUCGACUGGGAAUCAUACAAAAGAGGCUUUGGAAAUUUGAAAGGCGAGUUUUGGCUCGGAAACGAUUAUCUUCACCGUCUGACUGCAUCUGCCAGCAUGGCGUUUCGAAUUGAUAUGGAGGAUUACGAAGGCGACCGACGAUUUGCCGAGUACACGACUUUUGCUGUGGCCGACGAAAGCGAUAAUUAUCAGGUGACAAUCGAUGGAUACCGAGGCACCGCAGGCGAC